CUCAAUUUAUGGGCGAAGCAAUUAUUGAAAUGAUAUUAGUAAAAGGCGGGGCAUAGUUUGAAAGAAGAGGAAGGCUCAAGACAAGGUGAUGAAACACCGAAAAUUCUAUGUUGAUAUUUAGCCACCAGAUGUUCACGACACGCAAAGAAACUUUCCUGGAUUAGGGGAGAAUUAACAAAAAGGAAAAACGCCACUUCAGCUGCGGUCUGAAACAAGGGAAUCGAGUGAGCAACGGGGCGAAGCCGCAUGCGAGCCGCUGCUACUGAAACACACCAGUGUCCAGAAGAAUACGAGUCCCAAAAAGAGACACACAGCAGCACGGACAUAGACCACAUCCUCACGGAAGAGAGAGAGGUCCCUCCACUUGAAAGCACCCCUGACUGAAGCAUGGAGGAAAAGCAGUUUUCGGUGAUUGUGGAAAGGUGUGAAUGAAGAACUCAGAGUGGAAACGAGAGAACCACUGUGCACUAUCAAAUCAUGUCAGAGUCCAACAGCAAUGCAGCCUGUACAGCCGACCAGAAUGGAGCUGUUCCAGGGGAACCCGUGAAGACGGAUAAGAACUCCAGGAGAGGGAACUGGGGGAACCAGAUAGAGUUUAUCCUCACCAGCGUGGGCUAUGCUGUGGGCCUGGGAAACGUAUGGAGGUUCCCCUACCUCUGCUACAGAAAUGGAGGAGGAGCCUUCAUGUUCCCCUACUUCAUCAUGCUGGUGUUCUGUGGGAUCCCCCUGUUCUUCUUGGAGCUCUCCUUCGGACAGUUCGCCAGCCAGGGAUGCCUGGGGGUCUGGAGGAUCAGCCCCAUGUUCAAAGGUGUGGGCUACGGGAUGAUGGUGGUGUCCACCUACAUCGGUAUCUACUACAACGUGGUGAUCUGCAUCGCCUUCUACUAUUUCUUCUCCUCCAUGACCAACCUGCUGCCGUGGACCUACUGCAACAACCCCUGGAACACGCCCACCUGCAACGGCGUGGUGACGCCCACGGGCAUCAACAACACCCUGGCCAACGUCACCCGCAGCCUGGUCACCGUUGCCGCUGAGGUCGCUGUGGAGGUAGUCAAUAAGACCAAGAGGACCAGCCCCAGUGAGGAGUACUGGAAACACUACGUGCUGCAGAUCUCAGACGACAUCGGGAAUUUCGGGGAAGUCCGUCUCCCUAUUCUGGGAUGUCUGGCCGUGUCAUGGGUGGUGGUCUUCCUCUGUCUCAUAAGAGGAGUCAAGUCUUCAGGCAAGGUGGUGUACUUCACAGCGACGUUCCCCUACGUGGUGCUGACCAUCCUCUUCAUCAGAGGCAUCACCCUGGAGGGAGCUGUCACUGGCAUCAAGUACUACCUGACCCCACAGUGGCAUAAGAUCCUUGACGCUAAGGUGUGGGGAGACGCUGCCUCUCAGAUCUUCUACUCUCUGGGCUGUGCAUGGGGAGGGCUCAUCACUAUGGCCUCCUACAACAAGUUCCACAACAACUGCUACAGAGACAGCAUCAUCAUCAGCAUCACCAACUGUGCGACCAGCGUGUAUGCAGGCUUCGUCAUCUUCUCCAUCCUGGGCUUCAUGGCCCACCACCUGAACGUGGAUGUAUCUGAGGUGGCCGACCACGGCCCUGGCCUGGCCUUCGUGGCCUACCCAGAGGCCCUCACUCUGCUGCCCAUCUCCCCCCUCUGGUCCCUGCUCUUCUUCUUCAUGCUCAUCCUGCUGGGCCUGGGGACGCAAUUCUGCCUGCUGGAGACCCUGGUGACAGCCAUCGUGGAUGAGAUUGGUACUGACUGGAUCAUUAGGAACAAGACGGUGGUCACAGGAGGAGUGGCUAUAGUGGGCUUCCUGCUGGGGGUGCCGCUCACCACACAGGCUGGGAUCUACUGGCUGCUGCUCAUGGAUAACUACGCUGCUAGUUUCUCUCUGGUUAUCAUCUCCUGCAUCAUGUGCAUCUGCAUUAUGUACGUCUAUGGACACAAGAAAUACUUCAAGGAUGUUGAGAUGAUGCUGGGUUUCCCCCCUCCAAUCUUCUUCCGGGUCUGCUGGAGAUUCGUGUCCCCCAUCAUCAUAUCUUUUAUCCUGAUCUUCACAGUGAUCCAGUACAAGCCCAUCACCUACAACGACUACGUGUACCCUGGCUGGUCCCUAGCCAUCGGCUUCCUUAUGGCCAUGUCCUCCGUCAUCUGCAUACCCAUCUAUGCUCUCUACAAGAUCGGCAAGUCUGAGGGAACCACAUUUUUAGAGCGGUUGAAGAAUUCGUGCAAGCCAGAUAUGAAGUGGGGCCCGGCCCUGAGUGAGCACCGGAUAGGCCUCUACGCCACCCCAGGCUCAGAUGGAGAGGUGGAGGUGUGUCCCCUGAAAGAGAAGGAGAAGGAGGAUGAGAAGAGGGAUGAGAUCAGCCUCACCAUCCAGGGCAGCAACGGCUCCACAGCACACAACACUACCCCCAGCACAUAGAGGCCCCUCCUGGGCCUGCGCCAGUCCCCACCCAACCACCCUUUCCCACAGCACGUGGGGGAGAGCCCGCUCACUGGAGACCUUUACAUAUUGUAAGGGCUUAUUAUUUCUAACCUCUCUAAAUUGGUCGUCAUCCAAAAUAAUUUAACUUCUUGUUUCGACGUCAUUUAAUAAUGCUUUUUUUUUUCUCCUCUUCAUAUUAUGCAGGCGUGUGUACACACUGUGUGUACAUGGCACAAUAGGGGAGGGACAACAUUUUUCUCCUUCAUCUGUAAAGAUAUCCAUCGGAAUUGGCAACUUUUCUAGUGACAGUGCUGGGGUUUUUAAAGCUGGAGGCCAAGUGUUCUUUGGGUCAGUGCUGUAGACAUCCAAAUGGAACCACUCUAGGGACUGAUCUUUCCCUUCUGCUGUUUUGAUCUACGUUAUAGCUUUUGGCUCUCAGUACCCUCUAAUACAAUAUAGUCUCCAUUACUCAGACUGUUACGUAUGCUGCUUUAGGGUUACCCAUAACAACUCAUAUUGGAGUAAGCCAAUGGCUUUUUAGCUACUGAUCUGACAAAUAUUUAAUUUGACUAACUACACAGUUAAGCCCUUGUACUUCCAAUGAUGGCAAACAACUAACAUACAUUACAGCACCAACCCCCCUCACACACAGAGAAUGUUGGUCUCCAGCUUUCUGAACAGCUACCCUGACUGAAGCACAUCACUUCCUAAUGCCCAUUCUCAGGGUCCCAAAACGAUUUCCUACUUAUUGAACACAUUUACUCAAUAACUGAGUAAAUGUUUCUAUGAUUAUGGUAGGCUUUACAUAAGAGAGGGAGCUAAGAAAAAGACAACCAUAACAUGUUCACACACAAAAACAAAUGGGUGGAUGGAUGGAUGCAACUCAGUACAAUAAAGUGCCAUCUCUCUUUUAGUCUUCCAGGCAUUUCCGUGGGAAAUGCAUCUCGAAAUGUGGCAUCUCACUUGUGGCAUCUCAUUUGUGAAGGGAGCGUUUGAUUGAGGACCGAAGCAGCUAGCAUAUCGAGGAGGGAGUACACAGUGGUGUUGCCUCAUAGCCUCUGUUACUCACAAGUAGGAUUUGCCCCAACCAGGCAUGUUACCAAAAAACAUGUUGAACAUGCAUGAACUUUAAUAUCUCGGUGGCAUAGCUGGAGUAUGUGUCUUUGUUAACUUUUUCAAAACUGAGAGACUUGCAUCAGCAGGUAUCUUUGCAGAGGAAAAUACAUGUAUUUACAGGCAUUUUAAAGCUCUGAGCCACGUAGUGGUGUGAUUGGAUGUGGAAACAGGAAGGAGAGAGGCCAUUGAUUCGCCUGGAGAAGGAGUUAAAAAAAAACAUCAGUCAUCUUUACUGAAUUAUGUAGUUUAUAUGUAGUUGUAUAGUAUCGUUCUCUCUAUAGAAUGUUCUUAUUUUUAUAUUUUAUUAUUGUAAAGUAACAUAGUAAAUAAUUAUAUGGAAAACGUGUUGAUUUUGUAAAGAAGCAACAGCAUCUUAAGAAAUAACAGUAAUGUUUACCAUUCCUCAUCCAUGACUUGAUUUUUUUAUUGGUAAUUGUUUUAUUUUAGGGGGUUGGAGUGGGAGGGACAUGUAUUUCAGUCACUUUGUGACAGGAUGCUGUGGGGGUUGGGUUUAGGGUGGGAGUAGUGCUCUCACAGAUUGCUGGAAUUGGCAAUUGUCAAGAAGUCCCAUCUCUCCAUCUAAUUUGAAGCAUUCGUCUCUGCUCUGUUACAUCUGUGUUGCAGUGAGGCAACGACCUGUCUGUGGUAACAUCGUAAAUCCACUGUGUCCUUGCCUGGCCUGCACUGAUGGAGAGAGGUAGUCUGGCAAUGUAGCUGCUAAAGUGCUAGAGCAUCGCAUCUUAGUGAAACUUCCGAUUUUUUAGUUUCUUCUUUAGCCAGUACGUCACUGUAUAUAAUGUUCAACAUCUUUUAUCUGACUGCAUAAAUCCAGUUUCUGCUGUCAUAUGACUAUGAGUUGUUCACUUCCAUGUUACUUCAGUUUCACGGUGUUAAAAGUGUAAUGACAGUUAACUAUCCAGACAUGAUCCUAAAUGGAAAUGAAACGUUGCAGUCCAACAGGAGGCAUAUCUGACACUCAGGGUAGUAGAUAGGUGUUAUUUGGUCCCGAAUGUGGUGACAUUUGGGACAUACCCAAAGUCAUUGGUUAUUUAAACAAAAAAAACAAGCACACCAGUAGGUUAGAUACAGCACAACAGACUCAAGUUUGACUUCAGAUGGAAACAGACUAGUGUGUUCUCCUGUGAUGAUGACAGAAGCACAGUACGACUACACUAAUUCAUCUGUUAUAAAGCAGAGGAGAAUGACGAUAGCACAGGAUAUUAAUAAUAAUGAUGAUUUUAACUGAUAUGUGUGUCUUCAAGUUCUAAACACAAUAUGGAUACAUAUCAUUUUGGUAAUAAGGAGUUUAAAUGGUUGAGAUAAAGUGGGUUAGUAUAUAAUGGCCCAGAAGACAUAAUUUGAUAACAUAAUUAAAUGAUGUAUGGUUAUUCUCGACAUCCGGCUCAGGCCAGGGAGUCCUCUAGGGCUUUUACUUCUUCUUCCUGUUGCUGUUGAACUGUUGACUUGUAGUUCUCUUUAUAACAGUAGUAAGUUAGGAUAACCACCAUGCUAUUGCAACCCUUUGGUCUCUGCUGUCCCCGGAAUUAUUCCUCUAGCAGAUACUUGUACAGUAAUGUAAAAAAAAAUUGGAACUGGUGUUUGUUUUUUUAUGUUUUUAUUUGGGGGUAGGCGGGGUAUUUUUAUUUUCUUGUAAUAAAAUUUGCCAAUGUUUAGUGUAA